CUGAUUCCAGCAGAGAAGAGUAGAAAAAAAUGCUCGACUCAAAUUGUCGCACAUUUCUGUUGGAUUGCUAGUAAAUUUUCGCGAUUUCGUCUUUAAAUUAAAGCGCUACAAUCGGAAGAAGAUUACGAAAAAAUCCAAAAGAACUUACUGACAAACAAAAAGAAAAUAAGAGAUGAAAAAUGUCAUGUUGUGGUGUACUUUAAUAUCGUAAACCGAAGUGUUUUGAUUGUUUGUGCAGGUGCAAAAUCGAUCUAGUGAACUGAAAACUGCGACUCCAAAUCGGCCGAGUUAGCGCAUUAUUGCCCCGAUUGUUGUUAUUGGAAAAUGUUGUUCGUUUGGGAAAAUUGUGCCAUCGCUCUUUUGUAGUGUGCGUGUGCCGUGUGUGUUUGUGUGCCAGUAAAUUAAGUUAAUUAAAAACUUAGCUAACUCUCGAUUUUGCCGCCCCCGCCAUGAGCAACUAUCAUCCGCACUCGCAUCCGCACGCGCUCUCGCAUCCGCAUCCGCAGCAGGUUCAAAAUCAGCUCCAAAAUCCCCUGCAAAACCAGUUGCCGCCCCCGCAGCGCCAUAACCAUGCCACGCCCACCAUUGCCUCCGCCUCCGGAGCAUCAUCAUCAUCAGCAUCCACAUCCAUCCUGGUGGCCCAUCCUCCCCAGCCGCUCAUCAGCAAUUCACUGGCCAUCCGCCAGGAGAUCCAGCGAUUCGAAAGUGUCCAUCCAUCGAUCUAUGCCAUAUACGAUCUGAUCGAUCUGUUGCCAUUGGCCGAUGCCCAGAUCGCCCAGUCCAUUCGAGAUCAUGUGGUGUGCAUUGAAGAUUCGUUUGUGAACAGUCAGGAAUGGACGAUUUCGCGCUCGGUACCCGAUUUAAGGCUGGGAAUCGUGGGUUCACUGAACUCGGGAAAGUCGGCACUGGUUCAUCGAUAUCUCACAGGAUCCUAUAUGCAGGAAGAGUCUCCCGAGGGCGGUCGCUUCAAAAAGGAGGUCUUCAUCGACGGCCAGAGCUACUUGCUGCUCAUUCGCGACGAGGGUGGAGCUCCCGAAAUGCAGUUCGCUGGCUGGGUGGAUGCGGUAAUCUUCGUCUUUAGUUUGGAGAACGAGGGCAGCUUUAAUACCGUCUAUAACUACUAUACUAAAAUGGCGCACUUUCGAAAUGGCCAGGAGAUACCCAUGAUAUUGGUGGGGACGCAAGAUGCCAUUAGUGAGCGCAAUCCUCGCGUGAUUGACGACACCCGUGCCAGGAAGUUGGCCAGCGAUUUGAAGCGUUGCUCCUACUACGAGACCUGUGCCACCUAUGGCCUAAAUGUGGAGCGUGUCUUUCAGGAUGCCUGUCAAAAGAUCCUGUCGCAGCGCCUGCCUCUGCCACCUCAAGUGCAACCGGCGAGACCGACGACACCGCAGGGCAACCGCAUGGGAUUGGCUACCUUUCAGGCACCCACCAAUGGACAACGUGGCCAGCAGCAGUUGCCACUGAGGAUGAGUGCGGAUUUCGCGCAGGCGGAGCAGAAACUGUGGUCCCUGCAAGCGACCAGCAGUUCCACCACCAACGAGAACAACAACAUCACCAAAUACAAUCCCGGAGCUGCGAAUUCGCUGCAGGGCGAUUGCUCUCAGGUGCAACUGAGAGAUCCGCGGGAUCUGGCGCCACCGCCGGGAAAGGAGCUGCCCACGCCCACCUCAACGCCCACGACGAGCCGAAAGAGCCGGCGGCGUUCGAACCUGUUCAAUCCCUCCUCCUCGAAGAAAGCGGACAAGGAGAAGGAGGCAAAGAGCAGCGAGCUGGGCAGUGGACGCUCCAUUCCCAUCAAACAGGGUUACCUGUACAAGCGAUCCAGCAAAUCCCUGAACAAGGAGUGGAAGAAGAAGUACGUGACGCUGUGCGACGAUGGACGGCUCACCUAUCAUCCUUCGCUGCACGACUACAUGGAGGAUGUGCACGGCAAGGAGAUACCGCUGCAGUACGUCACCGUUAAGGUGCCGGGACAGAAGCCUCGUGGCUCCAAGAGCAUUAUCACGAACAGCGCGCUGACCAGUUCCCUGAUGGCCAAUGGCCAGCGGGCGCAGAAUGCACUAAGCGAUGGUAUUGGAUGCCUCACACUUGCCAAGGACAAUCAGCGCAAGCUGAGCGAGAAGCUAUCCCUUCUGGGAGCCGGAUCCGGAGUGGCUGGCGGUGGCGGGGAGCCGCUGAAGUCGAACAGCUCACAGCAGACGAGCGGGGACGAGGGCAUAGCCAUGUCCAAUUCAAACUCACAGACUUUCACCGUCGGAGAGGCGGUCAACACGGCCAAUAAGUUGGAGGCCCAGACGCCGAACGUAAAGAAGCGACAUCGCCGCAUGAAGAGCAGCAGUGUGAAGGCCAACGAGGCGGACGACAACGAUGGCUACGAGUUCUACAUCGUUUCGCUGGACUCCAAGCAGUGGCACUUCGAGGCCGCCAAUUCGGAGGAGCGCGACGAGUGGGUGGCGGCCGUCGAGCAGGAGAUCUUCAAGAGCCUGCAGAGCAUCGAGAGCAGCAAGACCAAGCAGGCCACCAGCACGGAUCUGGCCGCCAUGUUGGCCAUUCGGCAGCGAGUCCCCGGAAAUGGGUUCUGCGUCGACUGUGGAGCGCCAAAUCCUGAAUGGGCCAGUUUGAACUUGGGCGUACUUAUGUGCAUCGAGUGCUCCGGAGUGCAUCGCAAUCUGGGCUCGCAUAUAUCCAAGGUUCGCUCUUUGGGUCUGGAUGACUGGCCAUCGCCGCAUCUCAGUGUGAUGCUGGCCAUUGGCAACAGUCUGGCCAACUCCGUUUGGGAAUCGAACACAAGGCAACGGGUGAAGCCCAAUUCACAGGCCAGUCGGGAGGAGAAGGAGCGAUGGGUGCGCAGCAAGUACGAGGGCAAGGAGUUCCUGACGCCACUGAGCAGUGGUUCCUCAGCGCAUCCCAGCCCGAGUCCGGGUCAGCAGCUAAUUGAGGCUGUGAUCAGGGCGGACAUCAAGUCGAUAGUUUCGAUCUUGGCCAAUUGUCCGUCGGAGGUGACCAAUGCGAACGUGAGUGCCAGGGAUGUGCGCACUCCACUGUUGCUGGCCUGCGCCAUAGGCAAUCUGGCCAUCGCACAGCUACUGAUAUGGAACGGCGCCAAUAUCAAGCACACGGACCACGAGGGUCGCACUUGUUUGGCCUACGCUCGAGCGGCUCAAUCUUUGGCCACCGCCAAAUCGAUCAAGGCAGCAGCGGCUGCGCAAGCGGGCACCACGAUUCCGGCACCCGCCCCACCCACAAACGGUGGCAUUCCUGCUCCCCAAUACAAUGUCGAGGAUACGACGGCGCUGGUGGAGCUACUCGAAGGACUGGGUUGUCCGGAGGCAGCUCCUUUGACCGCCAGCGGCACUUUGCCCAGGAGACGCGACACGCUGGGCACGCCCUACGAGAAAUCCGUGUCGGGUGUGAUCUGAAUUAGUUAAAAUUUGUAUUAAGAUAAACGUGAAUUUUUGGUAGCAAUUGUACAAUUGAUUAGAUUUUGUUGUUCGUAACGGAAUUAGUUUAAAUUCGAUCGGAAAAAGUUUGUAUAGCGAUUAGUAUUUAGGUUUUUAGGAAUGUUGUGCAAAUGUUUUAUAUAUAUUACUAUUUUUAUUUGGCAAACGUUGAAUGGAAAUUCACAAGUUUUAUUUAUGUUUUUUUUUAGUUUGUUUAGUUUCUAAGCCAACAAAAAACCUGUACAGCCUUGUUGUAAUCUCAAGUGUAUAAUUUAUUAUUUUCGUAUUACGUAUUACUAUUAUUAUUGUUUUUAUCUUGUGCAGGUUUUUUAAAUCGUUUGCAAAACAAUUAUUUAGUAAUAUUAUCUUGUAACUCUCGAUAACAUCAGCAGAUUGCAAAAAGACUUUACGUAAAACUCGAAAAAAAACAAACAUACUUAUACACCUUUAACAAUAGACAAAAGCUGAUGCAAAAUAUACGUAUAAACGAAAUGAAUCUAAGAUUAAAGCCAAAAACAAACUUAUACUAAACAAUAUACACGAACAUAUAUAUAUUUAUAUACAUAAAUAGUUGAAAUUGCUUGAUAAUCGGUUAAAACAAAUGAACACGCCCAAAACGUUGCUUAUGCUGAACCAAACUCACAAACCAACAAAAUUCUUUGCUAUAUAAAUUCCAACAAAGAGAAUUCGUUUCGUAGAUUUUACUGCCGAACAUUCUGUUGGUAUUAAAUCUGAGUAGACAAAAAUUAAAUUGAAAGUAUUUCAAAACUAUUAUACAAAAUAGUUAUAAAUCAAUCUAUUAAUAUUACUAUAUGUAUACACCCCCCUAUAUUGUGUACGCUAUUUGUACGAAUUACAAACCACACAACGUGACAAACUCAAUCUAAUUGGAAGGAAAAGUAGCACACAAAAAUCACAAAAAAACAACAAAAGAAAAACCCUUCAAUAAAAAUCUAUUAAACUUUUAAA